ACCAGACCGAACCCUAACCUGCAACAAACAGAAACUAUUAACUAUUAUAUUAUCUUCUUCUUCUCUCAGAAACCCUAAUUUCGACUCUCUCGCUCUACUUUCUCUCUCCAAAACCAUGUCCGUGGAUGCCUCUGUGGAGCGAAGAACAGAGCCUGAGAACCGCAACGGUGAUGGAAACGGCGUCGUUGCACCGAGCUCGACUCACAGGCUCCGGUUGAACCCGAACACCAAUCACGAGCCGGACAACUACGAGGACCUUCAAUUGGAGUUUAGUCCUUUGCUUUUCAGCUCUCUGGAGCAGUACUUGCCUCCCUUCAUGUUGAAUGCGCGACGUGAUGUUAAGGUUCAGUACAUGAGGGAUAUUCUGCUUCGGUACUCGAAUGAGGCUGAACGGAAUCGAGUUCAGAAGCAGAGAGAAUACCGGCAGAAGAUUAUGUCGAGAUAUCAGCCUCUUCAUAGGGAGCUCUAUGCCAUGAAUGCUGAGAAGUUCUUUGUCCCCUCCUUUCUAGAAGCAAUAAAAAAUAAUACAGAGGAGGGUUUUAGGAGUAUAAUAUCCGAAAGCUCUCCUGGAGUUUAUACUUUUGAGAUGCUUCAACCAUGUUUCUGUGAAAUGUUGAUGUCAGAGGUAGAAAAUUUUGAGAAAUGGGUCUAUGACACAAAAUUCAGAAUCAUGCGACCAAAUACGAUGAAUAAAUAUGGUGUUGUUCUUGAUGAUUUUGGCCUGGAAACCAUGCUUGACAAGUUGAUGGAUAGCUUUAUACGUCCUCUAUCUAGAGUUUUCUUUCCUGACUUUGGUGGAUCCACUCUGGAUUCUCAUCAUGGUUUUGUGGUUGAAUAUGGAAUGGAUAGGGAUCUGGACCUGGGUUUUCAUGUUGAUGAUUCAGAAGUCUCUUUAAAUGUUUGCUUGGGUCAGCAAUUUUCUGGUGGAGAAUUGUUCUUUCGAGGCAUUCGAUGUGAUAAACAUGUAAAUACAGAAGCACGAGCAGAGGAAAUUUUAGAUUAUUACCAUGUUCCAGGACAUGCAGUUCUUCAUUGUGGUCGUCAUCGUCAUGGUGCUAGAGCCACAACAUCUGGGCAUAGGAUGAACUUACUAUUGUGGUGCAGAAGUGCAGUCUUUAGGGAGCUGAAGAAAUAUCAGAAAGAUUUCUCUAGUUGGUGUGCAGUGUGCCAACAUGAGAAGAAAGAGAGGCAGCGUGUAGCAGUUGCCACCACCAAACUGGAAUUACUGAAGAGGGAUGGAAAUCCUGCUCCAUGAGCUGAUGAAUGUGCAAUUUUUGGUUAGGAAAUUGUAAAGUAGUGCAAUUCUCGUCCCAUCAACAGAUUGAAACAUUCUUUUUCAGUAAUAUAUCGAAAGGUUUGAAGGCUUUCCAUUUGUAAUGUGCUUCAUUCCCUGUGCAAGAUAGCUGUACAUUCAAAUAGGUUGGCCAACUUAGCAUCUGGCCUGAAAUUUCACCUUACCAUUUUGAGGAUCCCCUUUUAAACUAUAUAUUGUACUUAUGAAUAAAUGGUCAUUUCAGCUGAUUGAAAUAGUUUCUUUGCAAACUUA